AGUUCCGGGUAAGCGCGCUGCGGGCGGAGGGUGCGGUUCGGUUCGGUGCGGUUUCAUCCGGUCCGGUCCGGUCUUGUCUCGUCUCAUCUUUUCUAGCUUCUCGGCAAGUUAUCUGUGUGAAAACACGACCGCGGGCCGCCCCCGGAGGGUGGGGACGGGAUCUGUCAUCCUUCCCGUCUCGCCCAGAGCCUGGUGGUGGUUGCGGGGAAGGCCGCGGCACUAUGGAUCCCUUUCUGGCGCGGCUGCUCUCCAUCUCCUCCAGGCUGAACGACAAAGAGCUCUCUGAACUGAAGUUUCUCUGCAAGGGGAUAAUUGGGAAAAGCAAGCUUGAGUUUAUGCAAAGUGGCCAUGAGCUUUUCAACAGCCUUAUCGAGAAGCAGAUGAUUACAAGCGGGAAGGUGACGUUUCUUGAAGGUUUGCUUAAGCACAUUGAAAGAGAAGAUUUGGCCUCAGAGCUGCACCAGUUCGUUGAAGAAGGAGAAGUUAAUGCUCCUGAGGAGCAGCCAGAUGCCAAUGAAAAACGUCGUCUGAGGACAGCUAUAGAAGUUAUAUGUGAUAAUGUUGGAAAAGAAUGGAGAAGAGUGGUACGAAAACUUGGCCUUUCUGAAGUGAAAAUACAAAGAAUAGUGGCAGCCAAUCCUUUUGACUUGCAUGAACAGCUCUUGCAGGCCCUUGUGGAGUGGCAGAAAUGGAAGGGAAGAGAUGCGAAGGCAAAUGACCUCAUUAAAGCUCUUCGGGUCUGUCAUCUGAAUUUGGCAGCAGACCGGGUUGAACUGGAGUUGUUGAAACUGAACAGUUGAACCAGGGGAAAUCAGCACAAAAGCACUUUCACAUCCCACAGGUGUGGAGGGAGAAAGUGCCUUCCAUUCUUCUGAACCAGAAUCAAAAUCAUCAGUUCUGUUAUUUUUUCUACCAUUAUCUCUAAGUGCCUUAUAGGUUGGUCUGUGGUCAGAUGAAGAUUACCAUAAAUUCAGAUUCCUUUCAGGUGACGCUUUGUAAGUUGAUGCUGCCUUUAAGAGAUUGUAACUUUCAGAAGACCUAAACUUUAUAGAAGUUCUACUAUGCACUUGAAAACAGGAUUUGCUGUCCUGCAGGUGUUUUUCAGAUAUAUUUUCUUUGGAAAUAGAUCCAUGGGACACUUCUGAGGCAAUUAAAAUUUCGGGGGGAGGUUGGAGGGUUUUUUUUGUUUGUUUGUUUGUUUGUUUUUGUGGUCUCUUACAACCAUAGUGUCAACAGGGGGAGGAGUCUUCCUCUUACCUCUGUACUGAUUUUGAGUAGUAUAACUGGUAUCUCCCAUAAUUUGUCAAUAUCUUUGCUUUCUGUAAAAGGAUACUAAGACUGCUGGGAUCUCAGCCCCCCAAGACUGCAUUACAGGAGGGCUGGUAACUAUUGUGGUGGCCUUUACUUGCCAGGAAACAGGCCCAGGUUGAAAAUGAACUCAAAUUGUUGAAAUCAAAUGUCUGUAUCAAGUGCCUUCAUCAUUCAAAAAGAAAUGUUCUCCUGAAACUAUCAAAGAAAUUGUGUGUCUCAGACGUUUACAACAGCCUCUUUUUACUGCUGGGAAGGUUUUAAGACUUUUCUAGGAAAGUCUUUUCUUUCAUAAAAAAAGUCUUUUUCUUCUAGGAAAGUCUUUUCUUUCAUAACCUGUGUCAGUGUCUGGCCAUGUCUGCUAGAAGUUGCAGCACACCUCCUAAGUAAGCUGCAGUUAUCUCUGUUCUUGGUAACCAAAGUGUGGAUUGUAACAAAAACCUUGAAAACAAAUUGGUUUGUUUUUUAGUGGAGGGGUGUGAAAGCCUAUGGAGAGCUCAUUAUCAAGUGCAGACUUUCUCCUGGUGUUAUCUGGAAGAGCACCUGUCUUUUGCCACAGUUUGUUGCUCCAGAUUCAAUGCUUCUGAGUCCUCUGCAAUUCUUUAGUUCAUUCCUGUUCCAUUUUUUGAAAGUAGUAGUAACCAGCUUGCAGAGAAAUUUAUGAAUUUAUGACAGGGACCAGAGCUCUGGCUUGAGCCAGGACAGAGCCAAAUUUCCUUUUAGUAACUUGACCUCUCAUUUCAGUCUCUUCUAAGUGACUGCACUUUCUGAAAUUAACAUGGUUUUGGUGGUGUCUGUGUCUAGGACUGGUAACACUCAAUGUUUACAGUUAUUGCUGGAGAAUGGUGUGGAGAACCAAGGUCACUGUUUGUUUCUGCUGAAAUUCUUAGGCAGCAGAAACAAGAGAAAAGGCAUCACAUCUGUGACUCUCCUGUGGGGAGGAGUGGACCAGGUGACCCAGAACUGACCAAAUCAGUAUUUCAUCCCAAACUUGUCAAGUUCAGUAUAAAUCUGAGUGAUGGUGUGGGUCGAAGACUCUUUGAUGGUGUCCUGGGAAGACUCCAUCCAUUCAUCUGCCUUUGAUCCUGAUCUGUGCCUUCCUGAAUUUGUGUGCUCCUGGUUCCAGUUGCUGUCUGUCUGUACCUCCAGGAGUCCAGUCUGGGACUUUCCCAGGGCCUGCCCCACAGCCUCAGGGAUGAUGUAAUUUUUUUUCCCUUUUUGGGAAGGGGGAGGGUUUAAUAGAGAGCAUUCAUUUAAUUGCAGGCCCAGUAUUUAACCUUGACAACCAGGUUCAGUUUUCAGCCUUAAUUCAGAACAGGGUUCAAAAAAUGGCUUUCACACCCUGGACUUGAAAAAGUGCAUAAACUUUUAAGACAUGCAGGGCUCUAGAGGCUUCUGGGGAUUCUCCCCUUAUGUGAGGGAGAAAAGUUCUCUGAAAUCAUUAUUGCUGGAAUAAGUAGAUCAGACAUCACCCUAACUACAUAAAUAGAUACUUGAAGAGAAGCUUCUUUUUUGUUUUGGUACCUAUAUGACUUUCAGCUCCUUAGGAGCUGCUCAUACAGGGUACCAACACUGUGAAGGUCAGGAGUCAGCAUGCAACAUCCAUAAAUGAUUGCACUGAUCAUUUUCAGGUUUUUGGUGCAAUUGGUGCCUCUAGUUUUGACAAUGGCACUUGAAUAGUUGAUUGUAGUUGAUGGAAAGUUUCUUUUGUGAACUUAAUGAAGAAGUUAAGGUUUUUGCAUACAUGAUUCUCACAAGUAUUUUUCUAAUUUUAGUGUAUUAAAUAUCAGUGAAUGUACCCAAGCAAAGGAGCAAUGAGUAGUAGAGGAGUUCCUGCUUGUCAGCCUUUUUACAGUUCUCUGUAAGUAUUUCCUCCACUACUUAUCAGUAUCAGUUGUCAAUUCCAAACUUCCAGGAGGGGACACAGUGCUGCACAUCAGCUAACUGAGUAGCUUAAAAGGUUUUUGUUUCAUAGAUAUUGUCUUCAUUCUACUUUAUUUAAAGAAAAUUUCUUCAGACUGUUUUUUUCCUUCAUUCCUCUCAGCAAUCUCUGAGCAGAGUGGAGUAGAAGUGAACUCUUCAGAUGAGUUAUGGUUGUGGUGAAACAGCUCUGUAGCAGUUCCAAGUUCAGUCUGUCCAGUAAUAUUUUUUUUAAUCCACUUGUAAUAAAUCUGGUUCCCUGAAAAUAGAUUUAGCUGGAUUAUGAAAAGAAACAUACUGCCUACUGCAUAUAACCAGGAUAUUUUAAGAAACAGUAGAAAUAACUUGCUAGUUGUAGACAAGGCUUCAUCAGCUGCAAGAAUUACUGUGACUCAGAAGAUAAAAACCUUUUUUUCCUUCAAAGAUUCAUACAGUGGAUAUUUUACUGUGUAUGAAAGUAGUGAUCUGGACUAAAUCAAGCUGUGCAGUACCUCAGGGCCAAUUAAAACCAAUUUACUAAAGAUUACAAAGAUUUACUACAGAUUACAAAGUUGAUCAUGUGAGAACAAAAUCAAAUGGAACAAAGGGAAUAAAAAUUGGGAGGGGAGAGGGUGCAAUUUGUAAAGAAAGAUGUUGGGACCAGACAAUGUUUUAUUUUCAAAUGAAGUAUUUUGGACUCAUGCAUCUCUUUAUAACUGGACUUAGAGUUUUAUAUUGUAUAAUUAUGUGUACAUUUCAUUAAAAAAAUCCCAAAAACCAAAAUAAAUUGAACUGUUUUUUAUUAUGGCAUUGCUAUGAUGAGAUCUCUAAUUGGAAGAAGAUAAAUGUAAAGGAUGCUUUUAAAGGAAGUGUAUAACCCUGCUCAACAGGUGUCACUGGGAACAU